AUGAUUAAGCCAAAGAAGUCUUCACGUGAACUAUGGAAUCAAUUGGGGUUACGAAAUCAUAUUAAACAAGCCUUUGAAGAAAAGGAAACAACUUGGGGUUAGAUCGUUGAUUCCAAUAAGAAGAAUCUAGUAAUUCAUUAAAAUAUAUUAAGAGCUAAAGAUCUAUGUCAGAAUACACAAUUGCCUAAAAAUUAAAAGAACAACAUAAUUCCUUUAUCAAAAAUAAAGAGAAACCUAAUACUAAGACUUUUUUAGAGGAUUAAAUUGAAAAAGGGAUUUAAGAUAAAGAUGAAUGGCUGUAAUUGGCAUCAAUAAAUGAAAAAUCUCAUCUUUCACCUAUAACCAAAAGAAAUUCAAAUGAUUAAACCUUUUCUCCCAUUAAUAGACUUAAAAAUGAGGAAUAAUAAGUCAGCCAGCAAUAAUCAUUCUAAGUAUAAAUAGAAAAAACUAAUAUUUGUAAACUACCAGGUCAUGAAAAUAAUUAAUAUAAGUUUAUAUGUAUAGAUAAUGAAUGUCCAUAUAAGUUAUAAAAAGCAUGUGCUCAUUGUGUUAUAAAAAUGCAUACAAAACAUGUUAGCCAAAUGAAAGAAAUUGAGAAUUAUGAACACUUAAUUGAAUAAAAUAUUAAAAAAGCUGACGAUUUAAUGGAUUAAAGUUAAGAAUUAUUUAAAGCAAUAUAAAAGCCUUAUGAAAUUUAUUUCCACUAAAUUAAAAAUUAAAUUAUAACUCUGAUUAAUGAUCUUUAAUAAAAAUUGUUAUAAAUUAACAAGGAUUAAAUUCAAAAAAUGAUAAAUAAUGAUAUUGAAAUAGUAUAGAAUUAUAAUUCAAAGUUUGAAGCAUAUAAAUUAAUGAAUUAAUUAAUACCAAAUGAAAUUAUUGAAGAGUAUACACAUAUUAUUAAUGGAAUAUCUGAAAAAAUUAAACUAAACAUUAACUUUGAUAAUAUUAACAAAUAAGUGGAAUCCUUUAUAAUGUCAAUCUUUUGUCCUAAAAAACAAAAGGAAAAUAAAGAAUAAAAUGAUGAUACUGAACUAUUAUAACAAUUUAUAUAGACUAAUAGAGAUUCAAAUAAGGAGUCAAUUUUGAAACCUAAUCAUUCUAUGACUUGUUGUUCACAUCAAUCCCCUUUACAAACCAAAAAAUAAUUGCAAACCAAACUUGUUAUGGGAUCUGCAUCUCCUUUAAAUGUUUUUAAUCGUUAGAUUAAUGGAAGGCAAGUUACUAAAAUAAUCUAAACCUAACCAAUCAUAUAUUAUAGAACAAACAGUUGA